UCGAAACGUCCGAUGAUGGCGAACAACGGCAAGGCUCUGCCAGCCUUCUUCUGCCCCGUCACCAACGAGAUCAUGCGAGACCCUGUGUGCACCUCCGACGGAAAGACGUACGAGCGCGAGGCCAUCGAGACCUGGUUGAAGAAUCACGACACAAGCCCA